AAAUUGAUAAAACCUCCAGGAGAAAAACAGAUCCAAAUCCUCGUAAAAUCCUCAUAAAAGUUUUCAAACUUAUAUAAAAAGAGCUUAAUAGUAGCAUUAUAAAAAUGGAAGACGAGAAUGGAGAUAACGAAGAUGUAGAGGAUCUAUCAAAACCAGUGAAAACAGUAAAGGACAAGUGGAAACUUCUCCCUGCUUUCCUGAAGGUGAAAGGUCUAGUGAAGCAGCACAUUGAUUCCUUCAACUAUUUUAUCAAUGUAGAGAUAAAGAAGAUCUUAAAAGCCAAUGAAAAGGUCACCACAGAUGCUGACCCUGUCUGGUAUCUAAAAUUUCUCAAUAUCUAUGUUGGGACACCAGAUGUAGAGGAAUCCUUCAAUAUUACAAAGCCAAUUUCCCCCCAUGAGUGCCGCCUGCGUGAUAUGACAUACUCAGCUCCCAUCACGGUAGACAUUGAAUACACAAGGGGACAUCAGAGAGUUGUCCGCCACAACCUGCCAAUAGGAAGGAUGCCAAUUAUGCUGCAGAGUUCAAACUGUGUGCUGACUGGGAAAAGUCCAGCUGAGAUUGCAACCCUAAAUGAAUGUCCUAUAGAUCCAGGUGGUUACUUUGUGGUGAAUGGGACAGAGAAAGUCAUUUUGAUUCAGGAGCAGCUUUCCAAGAACAGAAUGAUUGUCGACACCGACAGGAAGGGGAACAUCUGUUGCUCAGUAACGAGUUCCACUGCUGAGAGAAAGACAAAAACUGAUAUUAUCACCAAAGGAGGGAAAUUUUAUGUGAAGCACAACACCCUAUGUGAGGACCUCCCAGUUGUCGUCAUUUUCAAGGCCAUGGGGCUAGAGAGUGAGCAAGAGAUUGUGCAAAUGAUUGGAUGCGAGGAAGAAGUUGUUUGUGCAUUUGCUCCAUCCCUUGAGGAGUGCCACAAACUCAACAUCUUCACCAAAUUACAGGCACUGCGUUACAUGGGAAGUAAGGUUCGCCAACGAGCCACAUGGAAAUCAAGAAGCAAAAUUGAUGAGGCCAGAGAGCUUUUGGCUUCUGUGCUGCUGGCCCACAUUCCAGUGAUCAAGUACAACUAUAGAGCAAAGUGUGUUUAUUUGGCCCUCAUGAUCAGGAGGGUCAUCCUGGCCUCAACAGACGAGGCCCAAGUUGAUGACCGAGACUACUAUGGCAACAAGCGUCUGGAGCUGGCAGGCCAGUUGCUCUCUCUGCUGUUUGAGGAUCUCUUUAAACGAUUCAGUAAUGAGCUGAAGAAAAUAGCUGAUACGACUAUCCCAAAACCUCAGAGAGCAGCUCAAUUUGAUAUUGUCAAGCACAUGAGGCAGGAUCUGAUCACCAAUGGCUUGGUUCACGCUAUCUCUUCAGGCAACUGGGUAAUCAAACGAUUCAACAUGAAUCGUGCAGGAGUCACUCAGGUUCUAUCCCGAUUGUCAUUUAUCUCGGCACUAGGAAUGAUGACAAGAAUUUCUAGUCAGUUUGAGAAAACCCGCAAAGUUAGUGGCCCUCGGUCGUUGCAGCCCUCGCAAUGGGGGAUGCUGUGCCCCUCAGACACGCCCGAGGGGGAGGCUUGUGGACUUGUAAAGAACCUCGCUUUGAUGACCCAUAUCACCACAGAUCAAGAUGAAGAGCCAAUUGUCCGCCUUGCCUAUAAUCUUGGCGUGGAGGAUGUCAAUCUUUUGUCCGGAGAAGAAACAAGCCACAGCUCUACCUACACAGUAUUUCUUAACGGGGUCAUCCUUGGUAUCGUGAAGAACUACACGCGCCUGGUCCGCACCUUCAGACUGAUGCGUAGAGCGGGCUACAUCAAUGAAUUCGUUUCGAUUUGCCCUAACCACCAACACAAGUUCGUCAAUAUCGCAUCAGAUGGCGGAAGAGUGUGCAGGCCGUACAUUAUAGUUGAAGGCGGAAAACCCCGAGUCACGGACAGACACAUCAAAGAACUCAACCAAGGUUUCAGGAGCUUUGAAGACUUCUUGCACGAGGGUCUGGUGGAAUACCUUGAUGUCAAUGAAGAGAAUGACAGCGAGAUAGCUCUCUAUGAGACCGCGGUCAACAAGAGUACCACUCAUCUGGAGAUUGAACCUUUCACGCUUCUGGGUGUCUGCGCCGGUCUCAUCCCCUAUCCACAUCACAACCAGUCGCCUCGUAACACGUACCAAUGUGCAAUGGGCAAGCAAGCCAUGGGAUCGAUCGGUUAUAACCAAAGAAAUAGGAUCGACACUUUGCUGUACUUCCUCGUAUACCCACAAGUCCCGCUCGUACGAACCAAGACAAUUGACUUGAUACAGUUUGACAAGCUGCCAGGAGGUCAAAAUGCCACAGUUGCCGUAAUGAGUUACAGUGGAUAUGACAUCGAGGACGCCCUGAUUCUGAACAAAGCGUCAGUCGAUCGAGGAUUUGGACGAUGUCUCGUUUAUCGCAAGCAAGUUUGUACUUUAAAGAGAUAUGCAAAUCAGACAUUUGACCGGGUAAUGGGUCCCAGUAAGGAUGCUCAGACCGGUGAGGUCAUAUGGAGACAUCAGCCACUGGACGCCGAUGGUAUCGGAGCCCCAGGUGAACGAGUUGAGAACAAGCAGAUCCUUAUCAACAAAUCCAUGCCUGUCGUCAUGAACACGCCUCUCCAGCAAGGACCCGGAGGGCCGCCUCCGCAGCCGGAGUACAAGGACGUCCCUGUCAGCUACAAGGGGCCUAAGGAAGUGUACAUUGAAAGAGUUCUGAUCACGUCGAACCCAGAGGAGGCUUUUCUUAUCAAGAUGCUCUUAAGACAGACGCGAAGACCAGAAUUGGGCGACAAGUUCAGUAGUCGUCAUGGACAGAAAGGUGUAUGUGGAUUAAUUGUUAACCAAGAGGAUAUGCCUUUCACAGACCUGGGUAUUUGUCCUGACAUUAUCAUGAACCCUCACGGUUUCCCGUCUCGUAUGACUGUGGGCAAAUUGAUUGAGCUGAUUGCGGGAAAGGCAGGAGUCUUGGAAGGUCACUUUGGAUAUGGCACAGCUUUCGGCGGCGAUAAGGUCGAAGACGUUUGUGAGGUUCUAAUGAAGCAUGGCUUCAACUACGCCGGAAAGGACUACGUUACCUCCGGCAUAACAGGAGAGCCUCUAAGCGCCUACAUAUUCUUUGGUCCAGUUUACUACCAGAAGCUCAAACAUAUGGUGCUGGAUAAGAUGCACGCUAGAGCUAAGGGACCUCGUGCAGUACUUACUAGACAGCCAACCGAGGGCCGAUCGAGGGAUGGAGGCCUGCGGUUAGGGGAAAUGGAGAGAGAUUGCCUGAUAGCCUACGGUGCAAGCAUGCUGCUCCUGGAACGCCUGAUGAUUUCCAGUGAUGCUUUCUCAGUGGAUGUCUGCGGACAGUGUGGCCUUAUGGGAUACUCCGGCUGGUGUCACUACUGCAAGUCGUCAGGGGACAUAGCCACGUUAAAGAUCCCCUACGCAUGCAAGCUGUUAUUCCAGGAGUUGCAAUCCAUGAAUAUCGUGCCCCGACUAUCACUUAAACACUAUACGGACGAAUACUAGAGAGACAAAUAAUCAGAGUAUAUCAUGCGACGGCCAUCAUUUAACUGCAAGACGGAGAGAGAUACCUAACUUAAGGUACAGUGACAGUUCACCAAGACAAAGUCAGAAUAGUCAAGUGAAUGCGUACGAAAACGAGGAUAACGCCAUACCUUCCUGCAAGGCACUGAUAUUCCUCCACAGUUUGCUAGUAAUGAAGUUUGAAAGAGGUAUUGCCGCACAGUGUACAAGAGUGCUGUUGACUACUUGUAGCUUAUUGUUUGACGCGGUGAUAGUGUUCCCGGGCACAUAAAUCCUCAUUGCUCCUCAUCCUCUUACUAUAUGAAUAUCCCUUUAUGGAUGCCGACAUUUUGCAUGUGCCUUUAUCCUGGUUUCGGUGAUUACAACAAAUCAAAAUAAGCUGUCA